CCUUAUCGCUUUUGGUGUUAUAAUACGAGACAGCAUGGGUCGUUUUGGAAUAGUGUGUUUGUACAUAACAAGUUUGAUUUUCACUCAAAACCUGCGUCAUGUGAAGUGCCAAAGCCCCGCGCCUCUGACGACCUAUGACGGAUUGAUGACUAUGCUAACAUCAGGAUAUAGGGUACAUUACUUCUUCAACACGACUCUCUGUCAAUCCACGUCUGCCGACAUUCCACAGCAAAAAAAGCCGAUAUUUGGCGGGAAAAUCCAAUAUUUUGAAGCCUUUCCACCCAGGAAAUUCGACAAUGGCAAAAUUAUAUGGACACAGAUGUUGUACGUUCAGGAGGGAUGGGAGGGCUACAAUGAGAUUUUCAAUACUGACAUGAAAGACAUAUCCGUAUAUCCUGAUAAACCAAUCAAAAUCCUUCUGGACAGACCAACAGUUAACCUAAACGAUACCAGGGGCAUGCGCGGAGCCACUUGUCAGUGGGACGAAGGAAGACCUAGCGACACCAUCAACUUUUCUGUGUCGAAAAGUCCAGAACCAAAAUUGGUAACGUCUUUCGACAAUUUAAAAACGAAAUUGAUAACAGGAGAGGAAAUCCGAAUGAUCACUAACACUUCGGGGUGCAAUUGUACGUACAAUGAUUGCAGAAAUCUGACUUUCGGUGGAGAUAUGAAAGACUUUCAGGUACAAGAUGAUGGCAGUGUGACGUUUUCUCUGUAUAAGCCGAUAUUUCUUGGUGUUCCUUUCGACCACCCGAUGUUUUACCGGGAUAUCACCUUUGGGUACUUAUUUCCUAACAGCACCACCAAGUUUGUCUACACUUAUCUGGACCCAACGGGAUGGUUCAUAUUAAACGAAAUCAACAUCACGUGUCCGUUCGGAACUUCCCAAGGACAUGCAAAUUUUUACACAUUUACGUAUUAACUCUAUUUACAAUUAAUAUCACAGUAACAAGAACAUGUAUUCAGAAUGUGGCAAAGCUAUAAAUAAUCCUUCUUUAUAGAAAA